AUGCGAUCCUCUUUACUACCUCGAAGACCGCUACGGCGUGUCUGCGACGCCUGCAGGCAGCAGCAGAGCCUCCAUGCGACUUCAACAAUAAUUAACAGGAAUCCCUCUUCUCGCCAACUCACCACGAUAAGACCAACCCCAUGCAGAACACACAUCAGCAACAGCAAUAACAGCAAUACCCUAAAUCUUCAAACAAGACGACACUUAUCAAGCAGCGCAUCAUCCUCACCCCGCGAACAAGAAGCCUCAGCAACAGAACAGGAACCCCUCAAGCCGGCUAGUACAGAACUACAAGACGGAAAGAAGCCAAUAUCGCACUACGACCUCUUCCCGCAAACCCUGCCCCAAGGGCCCCCGCCAAAAGGCCGCUUCGCAAUCGACGUGCGCGCCCUGCGCCGCGAAUUCCUAACGCUGCAAGCGACCGCGCACCCAGACCUCGCGCCAGCCGGCGCGUCCUCCAAGCGGCGCGCGGAAGCGGCCUCGGCGUACAUCAACGAGGCGUACCGGACGCUGGCGGACCCGCUGGCGCGCGCGCAGUACCUGCUGCGGCAGCGGUGGGGCAUCGACGCGGCGGGGGAAGAGGCGGGGCGGGUCGAGGACCCGGAGUUGUUGAUGCUGGUGCUGGAGACGCGGGAGGCGAUCGAGGAGGCCGAGUGCGAGGAGGAUCUGGAGCCGCUGAGGGUGCAGAAUGAGGCGAGGAUACGGGAGAGCGAGGACAGGCUUGCUCGGGCGUUUGAGGAGGAGGAGGGGGAGGGGGAUGAUGGGGGGGAGAGGGCUAGGAGGGAGGUUACUAGGUUGAGGUAUUGGGUUAAUAUUAAAGAUGCGGUUAGUAAUUGGGAGGAGGGGAAGCCGGUUGUGCUGCAGCAUUGA